AACGGGGCCUCACGAUCCAGCUGUGCCGAGGACAAGACGCCCUGAGCGGCCAGGAGAGAGCGAGUCUUCCCGGUGUCUCGUCACGGUUGUUCCAGCGGCUGGUGGGGGGAAGAAGCGUCCGACAUGAGCAACGCGGCGUCCAGCGAUGUCACCAGGAGGCGGGUCCAGAACGGCGCCAACGGGUCGGCGGGGGAGAAGAGCGAGAAUGAGUCCGCGCAGUGGGGGAGAGCCUGGGAGGUGGACUGGUUCUCCCUGGUCAGCGUGGUGGCCUUGCUCCUCCUGGCCCCGGUCCUGGUCUUGUUCCUGGUGAUGGUGUGUGACCAGUACCAGUGUUCCAUAUCCCAGCCUGUGCUGGACGUGUACCAGGGCAGGAGCACCCUGCUCUCCAUCUGGGCCCGCGUACCCUCGCCCACCUGGAUGGCUGCCAAGAUCUACACUGCCUGGGUGCUCUUCCAGGUGUUGUUGUACAUGUGCAUCCCUGACGUCCUGCACAAAGUCCUUCCUGGUUACGUCGGGGGAGUCCAAGAAGGUGCCAGAACGCCCGCAGGUGUGAUCAACAAGUACCAGAUCAACGGGCUGCAGUGCUGGCUGCUCACUCACUUCCUGUGGCUGCUCAACACUCACUACUGGCACUUCUUCUCUGCCACCACCAUCUUUGACCACUGGAUGCCCCUCAUGUGGUGUGCUAACCUGCUGGGCUACACCGUCUCCACCUUUGCCUUCUUUAAAGCAUACCUCUUCCCCACCAACCCACACGACUGCAAGUUCACAGGCAACAUGUUGUACAACUACAUGAUGGGAAUAGAGUUCAACCCCCGUGUGGGUCGAUGGUUCGACUUCAAGUUGUUCUUCAACGGGCGCCCUGGCAUCGUGGCCUGGACCCUCAUCAACCUGUCCUACAUGGCCAAGCAGCAGGAAGUCUAUGGUCAUGUGACUAACUCCAUGGUGCUGGUCAACCUGCUGCAGGGUAUUUAUGUGCUGGACUUCUUCUGGAACGAGGCGUGGUACCUGAAGACCAUAGACAUCUGCCACGACCACUUUGGUUGGUACCUGGGCUGGGGAGACUGUGUGUGGCUGCCAUACCUGUACACGCUACAGGGUCUCUACCUGGUCUACCACCCGGUGCAGCUGUCCCAGACCCACUUCCUGCUGGUCCUGCUCCUGGGUCUGGUGGGCUACUACAUCUUCCGUGCCACCAACCACCAGAAGGACCUGUUCCGCCGCACCCAGGGCGCCUGCACCAUCUGGGGGGGGCAGCCCGCCUUCAUCCAGUGCUCGUACCGCUCGGCCGACGGCGCCGUGCACCAAAGCAAACUGCUGACCUCGGGCUUCUGGGGCGUGGCACGCCACUUCAACUACACGGGUGACCUGAUGGGCUCGCUGGCGUACUGCGCCGCCUGUGGCUUCCAGCACCUUCUGCCCUACUUCUACCUGAUCUACAUGAGCGUGCUGCUGGUGCACCGCUGUCUGAGGGACGAGCACCGCUGCAGCAGCAAGUACGGAGCCGACUGGCACCGCUACACCCGCACCGUGCCCCACCGCCUGCUGCCCGGAAUCUUCUAGAGAGUGGCCGCUUCCACACCAAUCAGCAGCAAGUACUGAGCCGACUGGCACCGCUACACCCGCACCGUGCCCCACCGCCUGCUGCCCGGAAUAUUCUAGACAGCUCUUGUCAUUUGUCACCACUUCCACACCAAUCAGCAGCA